AUGGGACGUGUACGAACGAAGACAGUGAAAAGGGCCAGCAGGCUGAUCAUCGAGAAAUACUACACCAGGUUGACACUCGACUUCCACACCAACAAGCGUAUUGCUGAAGAGAUCGCUAUCAUCCCUAGCAAACGUCUGAGGAACAAGAUCGCCGGAUUCGUAACUCAUCUUAUGAAGAGGAUCCAGAAGGGACCCGUGCGUGGAAUUUCUAUCAAACUGCAGGAAGAAGAAAGGGAGAGGAGAGAUAACUACGUUCCAGAAACCUCAGCUCUUGAACUUGAAUCUAUCGGUAUUGACACUGAUACUAAUGAGAUGUUGAAAUUAUACGACUUCAAGGGUCUGAAGAAUAUCACAGUAGAAAGCAACACCCCGUUCAGUACAUAG